AUGGUACCAAAUUUAUUUCAUGGGGAAAAGGCGGAUUUUGGUAAAGUGCAGGAGAUGACUGCUAGAUUUAAGCGUCAAUGGCGAUCCUAUGAUGAUGUGAAUCUCGUCGUGGAGGGCUUCCGAACGUUGGCGAGGCUUCAUGCUGGACAUCGCCCUAUGGACGGCGCGUUGGCGAAAGACCUCCUGCUAUUUAUCAGGAGGAACUUGGAUCGGGUAUGCAUUGUCAAUUUGUGUGAAUCGUAA